AUGCGACGACUCGUAGAGCCGAACUCGGACUUCUCCGCACGCCUCGGCUUUUGGGAGCCUGCUGAAGUGUGCGAAGGGGGUGUGUAUGAGGCGGCCUGCAUCACGUUAUUUCGGCGGGAAGUUGUUCGAUGCUCCUUCAGCCACAGCGCAGUUUACGCAUUCUCAAAGCCCGCCGACCUCCGCUGUUCUGCUGGCGCUUCUCCGAGGAGCCAAGAGGCCGCCGAGAGCUCGCGAAGUGGCGCAAAGUCAGGAGGCGGCGCUGGGAAGCGAAGCUCGCACCGUCUUGAAGCGAAUCUCCAGAGAUCGCAGCAGGAACGCGGAGAGCUGCACAAUCGCCUGGCUGUGGCAUGCAGGCAGGCGUCCAGCAAGGAUGCGCUGGGAAGCGCUUGCGAGCCGUGCAGUAGCUGUGCAGAGUCCGCCAUGUCGGAGAAGCGACAGGAGCUUCCUAAAGCGCAAGCGUCCCAACGAGAAAGUGCAGAGCUGGUCGCGAAGGCCGGGCAUCAGAACCGGUGCGAGCAGCGUUCCAACGGCAACUUGCCAAAACAGGGCCAGAUGCAGGUCUGCUCGGAGCGGAAGGGCAUACAGAAGCAGCGCAUCCGUGAACCGGAGUGA